AUGGUUCUCAAUGUUAAUGAAUUAGCUAAUAGACAUACCAAUUAUCUUAUCUCACAAAGCAAUAAUUCACAAUACAAUUACAUCACUCAGGAAUUACAGAUGGAAGAUCUGUGCAGCUCUUGUAUCUGGGAACAGCUCAAAGACAAAGACUUUUCAGACAGAGCUGCAGAGCUUUACAUUACAUUGUAUAAUCUAAAAGCUUCAAGAACAGUGUUGACAUAUAUGCGAAAAUGGUUCAAUUGGUGUGCAGCAGGGAAUUAUGAUUCUAUUAGUUGCCUUCUUCAAACAAUUGUAGAAUUUCUAGAUCACCUUUAUAGUCAAAAAAUGCAAUUUAAUACUAUUGUGAGUUAUAGAUCAGCUAUUAGUGAGAUCUACAUACAUGUAGAUGGAAAAUCAAUUGGUACAUACUUAAUUAUUGUUAAAGUAAUAAAAGGAUUAUUUAACCUAAAUCUACCCAAGCAAAGCUCUGUGGAAGUAGUUGACAUAUUGCCCACAAUUAGAGUUCUUGGCAUAGUAAAAAAAAUUUGGCAUGCCACCUGGUAUACUAAAUUUUAA